AUGCUGAAGGUUUCUCCGUGGUGUGGUGUACUCCAAUUUAGAAAACAAGGUAAACUCAGUCCAUGUUUUAUCGGUCCCUUCAAGAUUAUCGAACGGGUCGGGAAACAAGCUUACCGUUUAGAGUUACCCAAAGAAUUAGCGGGUAUACAUGAUGUUUUCCAUGUCGGUUAUUUACGAAAAUGUUUGAGCAAACAUGAGGAAGUGGUGCCAUUGUCGGAAGUUAAGAUAAAUGAAAAGUUUCGAUAUGCCGAAGAGCCAGAAAGUAUCUUGAAGGAGCGGACAGUGAAAUUGCGCAAUAGAGAGGUAGAUUUGGUAUUAGUGAAGUGGAAACGUCAUCACGGGUCAAAUUGGACGUGGGAACGCAAGGACGAGAUGAUGGCUAAGUACCCUUCAUUAAUUCCACAACCAUGA